CGACAAAACUUAUCUAGGACCCAUUUUCGCCAUAAACCGGUACGUUCCCAUCACCACCACUCAUCCACUCUCAUCACACACACGAAAACACAGCAGCACUUCCAAAUCCUCAGAAUCAGACAAAAAUUUCUAACUGGUGAUCUUCUUCUGCAGCAAUCAUGGGUAAAGGAAAGCCCCGUGGUCUCAACGCCGCCCGCAAGCUGCAAAACCACCGCCGCGAGCAGCGCUGGGCCGAUCUGUCAUACAAGAAGCGUGCCCUGGGAACGGCCUUCAAGUCCUCGCCCUUCGGAGGUUCCUCCCACGCCAAGGGCAUCGUCCUCGAGAAGGUCGGUGUCGAGGCCAAGCAGCCCAACUCCGCUAUCCGAAAGUGCGUCAGGGUGCAAUUGAUCAAGAACGGAAAGAAGGUCACUGCUUUCGUGCCCAACGACGGUUGUCUCAACUUCGUCGACGAGAACGACGAAGUCCUCCUCGCCGGAUUCGGUCGCAAGGGUAAGGCGAAGGGUGAUAUCCCCGGUGUGCGAUUCAAGGUCGUCAAGGUUUCGGGAGUCGGUCUGUCAGCGCUGUGGAAGGAGAAGAAGGAGAAGCCCAGAUCGUAG